AUUUUCCUCACAUCACAAGCAGCAACCGCACAGGUUUACAGUUUAACUUCACCCCUUCGUCCAUCCAUCCAUCUUUCAUAAGCACAUACCCAGUACACCGUCAGCAUGGAACCCACCCCGGAAGGCACAGUUACAUAACACGGGGGCACCGGGAACGUGAUGCCAGUCUGUCACGGGGCAGACACAGACACAAAGAGCAAUUUAAUUGAGAAAAAAAGAAGUCUAAAACAACAGAAGACUAAAACAAAUUACGCGAAAUAAUAAGGGAAACGCAGGAGUCGGAAGCCCUAACAGUUAGAUGGGGAGGAGAUGCACUGGGGAACUGCAACAAGUGAUGCACCGGCAGCCCUCGCGUUUUAUGAAGAGACGGCGACAGCGAUGAACUCGGAGCAGGACAGACCCUUUGUGUGCAGCGCCCCCGGCUGCUCCCAGAGGUUCCCCACAGAAGACCAUCUGAUGAUUCACAGACACAAGCAUGAGAUGACUCUGAAGUUCCCCUCCAUAAAGAAUGAUAACAUCCUGUCAGACCAGACGCCAACGCCAACACGGUUCCUGAAGAACUGUGAGGAGGUGGGGCUCUUCACCGACCUGGACUGCUCCAUCGAGCAGGAGUUCUGCAAAGCCCAGGAGGAGGAGGACAGCAAGCAGAACAUCUCCCUACAUGGGUCGACAGGGCAGAAUCAGCACCACUCCCGGAUGCCGAACCAUGACAGCAGCAUCGUGAUCCAGGCGCUGCCCUCACCUCAGUCCAGCUCUGUCAUUACGCAGGCGCCAUCCACCAAUCGACCGAUAGGGCCCAUGCCGAACUCGCUGUCGUCGCUGCUGCACAUGAGGAACAGGCCGCGCCAGCCGCUGCCCGCCUCCAUGGCCGGAACGCUGCCGGACCCCACCAUGCCCGGGUCCUCGGCAGUCCUCAUGCCCAUGGAGAGACAGAUGUCCAUGAGCUCCAGCAUGAUGGCGAUGCAAGGCCCCGCCCACAACAACUCUUGCUCCUCCCCCCACGUCCCCGGCAUCCACUCAGAGGCCAAGAUGAGGCUGAAAGCCACCCUGACGCACCACCCGGACCCCAUCGCCAACGGCAACAUGAACGCCAUGGGUCACAUGAUGGAGAUGAUGCCAUCACAGCAGGAGGCGGCCGGCCACCAUCACCACCUGCACUCGCACCCCCACCAACACCUGGCAGCCCCACCCCAUGCCUACCACCACCACCCGCAUCACCAGCACGGCCACGCCCAGCAGCCGCACACCCACCACCAUGCACCCCCACCCCACCUUCACCCAGGUCACCACCAGAGCUCUCCACACGGCCCGCUCCACUCCGGGGUGCCCUCACAGCUGUCCCCGGCUGCGCAGCAGAUGCAGCCCACGCAGACCCUGCAGCAGCCCCCCAGUGGUGGCAGACGCAGGCGGGUGGUGGACGAGGACCCAGAUGAGCGCCGGCGGAAGUUUCUGGAGAGGAACCGGGCGGCGGCCACCCGCUGCCGGCAGAAGAGGAAAGUGUGGGUGAUGUCGCUGGAGAAGAAGGCGGAGGAGCUCACACAGACCAACAUGCAGCUCCAGAACGAGGUCACCAUGCUAAAGAACGAAGUCACACAGCUGAAGCAGCUCCUGCUGACGCACAAGGACUGUCCCGUCACAGCCAGACAGAAGGAGUCACAAGGCUAUCUCAGUCCGGAGAGCAGCCCCGCAGGAAGUCCCGCCCCGGCGUGCUCCCAGCAGCAAGUCAUCCAGCAUAACACCAUCACCACCUCCUCCACGGCACCUGGGGGGGGCCCUCCACUGGGCCCAAUGAACCACCACGUGGACAUCAACCCCAUCCACUAAAGACUGGCUCUCCUGCCCCUCCCCUCCCCUCCCCAUCCCUGGCCACAGCGCCUCCUGCAGGAUUGCCUGCAGAACUCUUACUAUUGCAUUUUCUUUUAUGGACUUUUAUCUCAUUUGUGCAUCUUAUGUAGCCUGUCAAUUUUCUAUUUUUUACAAAGCUGAAUGGGAGAAUUGCCAUUCAUGCACUAUUAAUGUGGGGGGGGGGGGAAUCAUACAUAGACUUCCUGCUUCUGGUACAAAUACAAGAGAUUGUUGGGGGCAGUAAGCUCCUAGAGCUAGCUGACCUGUCGCAGUGGGACCUGAACCCCAAACUUAGCUUCUGUGGCUCCUACAUUACUCCCUCAUCUUCCGGAGCGUCCCACUCUAAAAUACUACUGUCUAGGCAGUAUUAUGACAUUUACCCUCGAGAAGCGCUUAUGCAAUAUGACGAUUGUGUCCAAGAGUCAUACUCCGAAUGCUCCAGCUGUAACCGGAGCAUGUAAUCAAUAAGUCCUGCCUUAAAUCUAAGGAUCUGGGGAUCAGAUGGUUUUUCCUCUGUGAAAUCAAAGUAAUAAGCCACCUUCCCUUUUGUGGGGAUGCCUUUUAAAGGGAUUGUCCAGACGUUCUUCGAGCUCUGAGGAGCGUUCAGUAUUGAAGCCAUAAUCGCUGUAGGAACUCGUUCCCGUAGCUGCGGCCUCGUUCAGGGCUGGAGAUACAGGGAGCCUAUCGCGCCUUCAGCCACACUCGUACCUUUUGGUCCAGCCCGAGCGCCCAAGCCGUUCCCCCGUGCCAGCAGCGCCGUGGAUGGACGCCGUUUGUGUGUCCGCCUGCCAGCUCACGCUCUUACCGCUACCUACCGCUAGGACCAACCCAAGCCUGGAGGAGAGUCGUGCGAGGGGCUCCGGAACAUUCCAGGGUCCCUGCUUCCCAGCUUCUCCAGUCCCGUGACGCAGGCCAGGCGUCCUUCACGCAGAUCUUUUGCCAUUGGCGUUGAAGCCACAAGGGAGUGAAGCCAUCAGCCGUUUGCCAGAGAAACACCAUUUUCUACGAAGAGCAGCAGUAUUAUUCAAGAGAUCAAAAGAUUGAAACAGGACUUCAGUCCGUAUUGGUUUUGAUAGGACGGCACCUGACUGAGUCUUUCGCAAAGGCAGUUCUGGAUUUAGUCAAAGGGGUACACAACUCGUCCCCGAUCAGCAGAACGUCCGAUAGACGCAUCUCGCAGCCGCAUCGAUGACCUCAUAACAAGUGGCAUUAACGUGGUAGCGUGCGAGAGCGUUGCGACUGAGUGUGAGCUGUACGCCCGUUGGUGGACACGAGUAGCGUGACUGCGUACUGUGUCAUUCUCAAACCUCUGUCCAGCUUCAGAGAAGACGACAGAGGAAAAAAGUGUUUCAUUUGAAAGACAUCUCAUUAAGACAGCCCUCCAGGUUUCCGGGAAACCGGCCGCCAUCUUGGACCCUCUGCUGAGGUGCAGAGGACCAGGCAGUGCUCGAGGUGGACCAGUACUCACCGGUACAUCGGCUUAGUUUGUCUAGUCAGUACCGGGGACAUUUCUUACGUACCCGCGCCUCUCCCGUUACUGGCACCUGUAUAUUUUUUUCCCCAUUUCAAGCACUGGGACCAGGUUGAAGAACUACUUCCUAAAGUUUCUUAUAGGAAUAAUCUCUUCAGGUUUUCUGGAAUUUUCUGAAAGUGAGAGCAGUCAAGAAUUCAAAGUAUAUACAUAUGCACAUGUUUAACCCAAAUAUCUGCUUGGACAUUUUCUAGAUGGUUGUUUUUCCAGAGCAGGUCACCCACUGAAACCAGCAUAUACUGUAUAUAUAUAAUCCCUUUGUGUUCCCUGAUUUUGUCGCAUUAUGACACCCAUUGAACAGCCCUGUACGAUCGAUCGCUUGGCAGUGAUGUGAAGAUGGGUAAUCGUCACGCAUGGGUCUAUGCACUUUGCCUCCUGUGACUCCAGGGAGCUGGAAGAGCCAUAUUUGAAAAAAUCUCAGUGAUAACUUCGUGAUUUUCCUGCACCAGCAAGAGAUGCACUUCUUUUCGAGUGAGCAAGGCCAAGGGUGUCUGUGUGUUACCACGUAAGAGAGAUACGGACCUUGUCAGGUGUGCAUGUGCGCGCGUGCGUGUGUGUGUGUUUCGGAGAAGAAGAGAGUUCACAUCAGGACUGGGUGUUUUUUUCUUGGGAGUGCGUGGACUCCGUUGAUUCUGAAGCUUUAAUAAUUCCACCAGAUGUCACUGUUGUAUGUCUUUGUCCUCGUUGCUCUUUAAAAAACGCUUCCUUGUUUAGUUUCCCUCGGUAGCUUGAAUUGUCCGAUUUUGCACACUGUGAAGACAACAGACAGUAUCGCGAACUGGAACCGCGUCCGUUCCCCCGUCUGUCGCCCGGGCAGGCGGGGCGCGUCGCCGGCUUCUCGGCGAUUGGUGGAGGUUGACUCUUACCCGUCUGGUCAGAGAGCGAUCUACACCUCAGCACGUGCUGUAUGUAGUGUUCAUGGGCCUUGUUUUGCAUAAACAGCCUGCUUCAUUUUGGUGUUUUCAGGAGCGAAAUGAUUUUCUUUUUUAAGCUUGGUAUGGAACUCAUUACAAUUGGUUUCCUUACUAGCCCUUUUGCGUUUUGAAAAAUCGGGAUUUUCCGCCCUUUUCUAGGUAAAAACGAAUUGUUUUUGAUGUAGGCCUAAUCACCAUACAUAUAAAACAUGCUGUGCCUCUACUCACCCUCAACUGGAAAUUAUUACGGUAGACUUUGCAGAUAAUACAUGAUCGUCGUUACGUUUCACAUCGAUGAUGUGCAAGCUGUCUUGGAGAACAGCAGUCUUUGUCUCUGUCUGUGUGUAUGCGUGCGAGGUGGAAGACGACCUGUGUGCAAAGUGUCAUUUUAAAUGUAAAACUAUAAAUACUGUAUAGAAUCUCAUACUUGUUUUGUAAUCUCGUAUGCCUAAUGCAACCACCUUUCUUUUCGAAAGGAGUCAACGAUUGGUACAUUUGUAAAUAUUGUUUGCAUAUAGCACUUGUUACUUUAAAACGUACGUCAGAACUCAUUUCCGCUAAUAGGGCAUGUUUAUUGAUGAUUAUGCAUAAUGACCUAUGAAUUUAUAUGUUUGCAUAACUUUGUACAUUAAUGUGUUUGUUAAUGCCUCGAUCCAUUUCUGUCACCUGUCAUUGCAUUUCUGUUGCAUUUGUACAGACGUGAAACUUGCAGCUACAGUACAGUAUGGAAAUAAAGCACUUGUUUUAUAACAUGA